AUGCCAACUGGAAAUGGCGGGACACUCUUUCUGCCGGUCGUGCGUGCGGCGGCGGCGCUGUCGGGGCGCCCCUGCGUGGAGCAGGCCGCCGCCAACGUGGGAAGAGCCACCGUCUCUCCUGUUCAGUCGGCAAAUGCAUUGCGGUCCCCCUCCUCAUCACCGCGGCCUCCCGCGCCUGGGGAAUGCCACAGCCAUCCCCGUCACGAAGAGGCGUCCUGGUGGGCCACCGCACUGCGUUACAAAGCCAUCACAACAGAGGCCCGGCAAUUGGGGCUGGACGCGCUCCAGCGGGGCGAACUGCGGAGGCGCGCCAAGGUUUUGUUUUCGCUGGAGAAGUGGCAUGCAGCUGGUUGCGCCGCCAACGCCGCGACAGUGGUGAAGGAGACACUGGCGGCCAUUCUCAAAGAGGAGGUGGACGGCUGCCGCGGCUGGGCGGAUGUGGCGAGUGGCGGCAGUUGCCACGUGAGUUUCGUCUUGGGCGGUGGUGACACCGCGCGCGUCGUGGAUGCGGCGUCGGCCCUGGCAGCCACACUCCGCGGUCACGGUGACCCAACAAACGCCGAUUGUAUCCGACGGUUGCUGUGCGCCGUCGCCGUCGUGUCGGCGAUGUUGAACCAUUUUUGCCCGCUCUGCUGUGCCAUGGCCGCCUCUGCGGAACUCCCGCAUGCGUGGGCGCAGGCACUUGCCUCCUUCGAGCAGCUUCUCAACGAUGAGGGGAUCGUGUCCUUUGUUCUGACAGAGGCCGUCGUUUCGGCGGUAGUGUCUGCCAAUUCCUUUCCACUGACGAUCUUGCAACGCUGCGAUGCCCUUUUGAAGGAAACACGAGCGAAGAUGCUGCCGUGCCUCGUCCCUCUCCAGCGGCUGUUAGAGGUGACCGAUGCGGCUGCAGCUUCCGCCACGGCGGGGGCUCCAGGCCCUGCUCUGCACAUGCGCACCGAGGCGCAGCUGCUGGACUUGAAAUGCCGUCUACAGGGGGAGUUGCGGGAGCGGCUGGCAGUGGCGUUAGAACUGGAGCAGCGUAGCGUAGAGCAGGCGCAGCAGUUCCGGCAGGCGUGGGACUUGCACCGGAUGAGUGCGCGGGACACUCAGUCGUGUGGACCCUGUCUGAGACCUCGAAAGGAGGGCUUUACUGCGGGGGACAGCAGUGGCGCGUCGGCGGGGUGGCGUGUUCACUCAGGCGCUCCACCAGUAGUGAGAGAAGCUGCGGCCGAAACAAAAUCAACAGUGAGAUGUGAGACGGUUGCCCGCGGGCAUGAAACGGCGGUCACCGCAUCCUGCUGGGAGCGCACUGUCCUCGAGGUUUGGGGGGCGCGACGCGAGGCGGUUCUUGCAGUGCUGCGGCAACACGCCAUUGCCGACAGCAUCCUCUUGAAGCGCGAUGGGGCCGCGAAGGAGGCAAAGGCGAAGCAGGACGUUGGCUCGGCAUGGAUGGCCGAUGUGCUGCCAGGAGCCCUAUCACGUCAGCUUCGCGCCUUGAUUGGUGCGCCAGACCAGCAUGCAACUCGCCUAUUCGUUUCACUGCGGCGGUGGGUCAGGGGCGGGCGUGCCGCGCCGGAUGCGGAAGUGUACGUUGCGCGGGCGCUGGAGUUGGUCGUGUUUCUUUUGGUCGCCGACGUUACCGCCGCGCAGGAUGACACGCUGCUGCCGGAGUUGAUAGAACUUGUGAAGCAUCUGGCGGGGGCUCGGGGCCAAGGGGACGCCUCAUUGCUCCCCUCACUUCGGCAGCUACCAGACGCAUUGGCGGUGGCUCUCGUGGGCGCCGUUCUAUCGUUGCCCUCGACGCAGGCGGCCCUUUUUGCGGAGCAUCACUCUCACACUGAGGGCGGCCGCCGAGUCCUGUCGAAUGUCUCUUUCUUGUUGUGGGAGCUUCACUCCGCGUGCGCCUUGCAGCACGCGGUGUCGAUGCUGGGCGCCGGCCGCACCGUUCCGCACGCCGCGGGCGGUGGCGGCGUUAUCGCGCCGCCGUUGCCUUCCCUGCAGGGGCGUGCCGCGGCGGUGAGGUUAUUAGCCGACGUGGCAAGACGUGGCAGGGGCGCGGGGCUUGCGCUGGGCCCGUCACCCACGCACGACGCCGGAUUCACGCUGACGCUCACUGAGCUGCUUGGUUACGGUGCCGUUGCGCAGCUGCAGGGAAUUCCUGCGCGUAUGCGCCGGCCGCUGCCGCGAUUUUUCAGUGAGGCGCUCUGGGAGGGGCUGCUGCCGCUCGCCACCGGCUCGCUCCAUGAGCUCCAGCGCAUCCACCGCGAUUGCGGGGGGGAUGCGGUGCGCCGUCUGCUCGAGCUUUGCCGUGCGCUUGUCGAGGCGAUCGCCCCGAGGUGGGAUUACAGCAUAGUGCCAACGCGGCGCCUUCAAAGGCGGGCGUUGACGCUCCUUGCGUCGGCGCUUGCAGGGCAGGAGUACGAGGCGAACGAUGCCGUCAAGGACCGCGUGGUGAAGUUUGCCUCUCUCCUCGAGGGGCUGCUGGCGGGGGCCGCGGCGGCCUCGCCGCACCUCCUCCCAGACAGUCGCACUUUUUCCCGCAUGUGCAACGCUGUGGGGCUAAUUUUGCACGACGUGGACGGUCGCACCGGGCACCAAAUAAUGACGCAUCUGCUCCGACUGCGGCCGCCCCUGCACACGCUGGACACCGAGGCCCACAUCGCGAUUAUUCGUUGCCUCUCUUCUCUGCGGCACGGAUGCACGCUGUGGGAGGAGGCCGUGCGGCACUACAGGCAGGCCGUCGACUUCGUGGAGGACGCCAACAAGCACAACCCUGUGGGGGCGUCUCAUCGUCGUCCACACAUCCCCGCUGAUCUCUCCACCGCCCGCCUGCUGCGUUGCAUCGGAAGCAGCCCUCUGCCUCGUGAGGCAAGGUGCGCGUUGACGCUACGCGUCGUUGCCUUUGCUCGGGCGUCCGGGCUUUCUUUGAGCUCCCAGUCGUAUUCCUCUUGCCUGCUUAACUUCACAUUGCGGGAACGUCAAUGCACGGGCGCGUUCACGGGCGCUCCGUGGUGUGAUGCUCUGGAGUGGUACAACGAUGCAAUGACCCGGAUGCAGCAGACGCCCCCGCCGCAACAGGAUCCUUUGUGUUUUCAAUUGGCAUGUUUACAGAGUUUACUCGCACAGGGUGAAUGGCCCGAGGCGUUGCUGUCAAUCCCGCUGGCAGACAUUCUUCGCCGCCACGACGAUGCGGCGGAGUUUGGCUUGGACCGUUUCACUGGGAAGGUGUCCUUCCUGCUGAGGCUCUGUGCGUCCGACCGAACACGGAGCUGCGCCGGCGCAGCGCGGUCGUUGCUCAAAGUGCUCCAGCCCUUGUCUUCGCCCAAACCAGGGACGCAGGCGGUAAACCUGGCGGAGAUGCGGCAUUUGUGUCGAGUGGCGAACACCCUUCCCCCCGUGCACGCGGAGGCGAAGGCGACGAGCGGAGUGCCGCUCUUUCGCCACGAGGCACCGUUGAUUCCAAGGUCCCCGGUAGAGAUGGGCGGCGCAUGGACGCAUUCGCCGGGGUCAUGUGCUCUUUCUCUUCGCCGUCCCUGCCACAACCAGGAGGCGUUGCUGGCGAAACUGGAGGACACCGUUUUCUUGGGCUUGCAUGGGACGCCAAGUCACGCUUCUGGAGGCGUUGGCGGUGAUCCGCUGCGGCCCUUGGCGCCCCUGCAAGUUCGUGAGCGCGUGUCCCGUGCGUUUCCGCUUCUGAAAACCGUGUGGUCGGCGGAGGACGUGCUGAGGCGGGAAGCUGCGGCGGCGGGCGAGGGGGCGCGCUCGCGCAUGGACACCUGCUACGCCAGUGUCAUUGUGCCGCUGCGAAGGCUUGAGCGGCUUCGCGCGGAGAAGCGGCGUGGCAUGCGAGGCCGCCACCCCGCACCACGGCUCGCCUGGGGCGUCAGCGGACGGAAGGGACCCCCCAAAGUGCAAGAGUGA